UAUAACGUUCUAUGCGACCGAAAAUAAUUAAACGUACAGUUUGUAAAACGUAUCAAAUGCCCAUACUGCACUGAUCUACGUGUUAUAUUGUUUUUUUCGCACCACGCGGUAUUGAAUACGAUUAUCACAAUAAUACAUUAUUAUUAUUUAUGUAAUGAACUAAUAAAUCUUGUAGGUACGUGUAUUCAGUGUGCGUUUAAUGGUGAAGUAUAUUAUUUUUGGUAUAAUUAUUACAGUGACAUUAGCGUUGAAAAUAAUCGAUGUACUCGUGCCAAGGUACGCGGACUUAAAACAGUCAGUAGAAUUAGAAUGCAAUUUCGACGUAGGCCAUGAUAAAUUAUACUCCGUUAAGUGGUACAAGGAUGAUCACGAAUUCUACAGGUUCGUCCCAGAGGAUCGACCAACUAUCCAAGUUUUUCAUCUUCCUGGUAUUAUAUUGGAUUUAUCUCAUUGUAACAUGCGAAAAAUCAAACUAAGCAAUCUCACGUUGCAAACUAGUGGUAUAUAUCGAUGUGAAGUCUCAACAGAUGGACCAAAAUUUGAAAUGGUUUUUAAAUCUGCAAACAUGAAUGUUUUAGCAUAUCCAGAAGAAAACCCUUUGAUAGAGGGCGUGCUUAAUCGUUAUGCGGUUGGCGAUCUCUUGUCGGGAAAUUGCACUUCCUCCAAAUCUUAUCCACAACCGUUAAUGACAUGGUAUGUCAAUGGCGUUCAGGCAAGUAAUAAUCAAAUGGAGAAUUAUCCAGUGAUGGUCAAUCCUGAAGGUCCUUUAUAUUCAAAAGCAGUAGGAAUUCGAUUUAAGGUAGAAAAAGAUCAUUUUCAAGGACCCAAUGAAGAACUGGAUUUAACUUGCGAAGCAAGCCUCAUACAAGAACAGUUGAAAUGGCGAAAAAUGAUCGUUAUCCAAUCACUCACACAGUCAUAUACGGAAAAUAUGUUCCUAGAGAAGUACAGAAAUAACAUAAACACAAUAAAUCCUGGGAAACAUAUUUCGACUCUGGUAGCUCUAUUUGUUGCAUCGUUCACACAUAUGAUCGUACACGAGACGUGACAGAACCCUGUUAAUUAUAAUAUGUUAUGUACAGAUAUGUAAAUUCGAUUUUUUUCACAAUAUAUUCAUACAAUUGAAAC